AUGAAUGACAGAGCCAUUGCUCAAAAUGUCUCCGAGUUGGUUUUAGGGACAUAUGCAUUGCCUUAUAAAAAGUUGGCUAAGCAUUUAACAGAUAAGCAAAUCAAGCAGUUGAUUAAUGCUAGGCCAAACAACGAUGAGUUUUCGGUACUAUCCGGUAUAGUUUAUUGGCACGGAGAGGAACUAAGUAGUAUGAAACUAGCUUGCUUAACUACGGGUGUCAAAUGUGUGCCCGAUAUAAAAUUGCAAAACUCUUGCGGAAAGCUUGUUCAUGAUUUGCAUGCCGAAGUUUUGUCGAUACGUUCAUUUUCAUGGUAUAUUAUGGAGGAAAUUGAAAAGCUUGAGAACCAAGAAGCCAGUGAUUUGGUUGAGUUUGAUAAUCUGGGGAAGUAUAGACUAAAAAGUGACAUCAGAAUUGCCCUUUAUAUUAGCGAGGUUCCAUGUGGAGAUUGUAGCUUAGAAGAACUCUCGCAACUGGAUCCAGUGCCAUGGAAGGAAGGUCCAGAGAGCUCUAAUGCGCUCAGAGGAAGAUCAUCUUAUACACAAGUGGGAAAGGUGAGGACAAAACCUGGAAGAAUGGAUUCACCUAUCUCUUUAAGUAAAAGCUGCGGCGACAAACUGACUACUGUCAGCAUGAAGGGCUUACUCAAAGGCAUUGUGGCUGAUCUCAUAAACAAUAGCCAUGUUCUGCUAGACUAUAUUAUCUUACCGGCAGAAAAAGCCCAAAAGAACAGUGCUAGCUUGGAAAGAUGUUUCAAUGAAAGAAUUGAUUUUACAGCGGUGGAGUUCUAUCACAGAUUCAAAAUUUUGAACUGUUCGGAUGACAUCGUUGCAAAAUACAACAAAUUGUUGGAAGCAAACAAGUCAGGGACAUUAGGGAUCGACAGAGAGAAGAAAAAAAGGGCAUGUGACUUAUCUCUUGUGUGCAUUCCGGAGUCAAAAGUCAUCGAGGUUAUCAAUGAUGGGGUGAAAAACGGAAAUAGUAUCAAAACAGUUUUAAAAAACGGAAGAGGUUAUAGCAUCUUGUGUCGGUACUCCAUGUUUCAAAAACGUAUCCAAUUGGACAAAUCGUGCAACACUUACAAGUCCUAUCUUGAUUGGAAGAAAAGGGCCAGCAAUGCAGAAUACACAGAAAAAGUCUUGAGAGCCAAAAAAAGUCUCGGAACUUGGGGUGACUCCACGUUCGAUGACUUUACACUUGGGGUAUAA